AUGUCCUACAGUGCAGCCGCACGGGGAGUACCAGCCCUCGGUGGCCGGGCCGCAUCGCCCACGUUACCGUCGGUAAUGUGUCCCCAAACAGAAUUGCCAAAGAGCAGAAAACGAUUGCUUGCACCACUACCACUGCGGCACUACAGUUUAUUCCGCAAGCCGUCAAAGGAAAACCUCUGGGUCGUAGAUGAGGAUCACCUACAAGGCAGCGUGCCACCGCCUCCCCACUGUGAGCAUCAGGAAUAA